AUGAAAGUGAAGCCUUUUUCUCUGGAUCUUAUUAGUUUUAUCCAGCGAGCGGCUCAACCUGCGCUGUCUCACAGUCGGCGUGAGCGUCCCAGAAAAGCUCUCAUGUUCCUGCUAAUGAUUCUCCAGCUGCUCAUCUUCUUCACUCAGCCGUCUGAAGACAAACAUGGGGGCAGUUCUUUAAAAGAGGGACAUUGGAUUCGCAGAGCUGAGGCUGCUCGGGAUGAGCAGCAGGCGUUUUUCAGAGAGGGGAAGGGGGAAAACAGGAGGAGGCGCUUCAUGGAUGGAGCUAGAGCUGGAGGCAAAGUCAGCGUGAGCUGGAGAGAGAACGCCAUGGCAGACAGAGAGGAGAAAAGAGGAGAAAAGAGGAGAAAAGAGGAGAAAAGAGGAGAAAAGAGGAGGGGGAGGUGUGCACCGACACCAGCAGUGACCACAGACACUGUCCAGGCAGCCAGCGUCCCACCUCCACCUUUGAUGGUGGAGGUGGCUGUGGAGGUGAAAGAGAUGAAGGAGGUGGAGGAGGUGGCUGUGGAGGUGGAGGAGGUGGAGGAGGCCCACCGCAAGAACCGGGAGCACCUGGCGCUGCGGGGGGAGAAGGAGGGCCGUAAGGGGGAGGCGGAGCUGGAGCUGUACAUGUGCGACUACUGUGAGGAGACCUUCAGCCAGACGGAGGAUCUGGAGCAGCACGUGCUGCGCCGCCACCCGCAGCUGUCCGACCGCGCCGACCUGCAGUGCAUCCACUGCCCCGAGCUCUUCCUGGACGAGGCCGCGCUGCUCACGCACAUCGAGACGCAGCACGCCAACCGCAAACACAAGAACGAGGCCUGUGGAACCGGGCCUGUGGGAACUGGGCCUGGUUCUACAGGCCUUUGGAGACCAUGUUGUGGGAACCGGUCGGUCUGUGGCAUGAAGAACCAGGCCCGGUUCUCAGGCCUGGUUCUUCAUGCCUGUGGAACUGGGCCUCUGGAGACCAGGCUGUGGGAACCGGUCUGUGGGAACCAGGUCUGUAGAACCGGGCUUGUGGGAACCAGGCAGGCUUGUGGGAACCGGGCCUGUGGAACCGGCCUGUGGAACUGGGCCUGUGGGAACCAGGCCUGGUUCUACAUGCCUGUGGAACGGGGCCUGUGCAGACCAGGCUGUGGAACCGGGUGUCCCGUGUGCUCGGAGCAGUUCCCCUCGGUGGAGGACGUGUACUGCCACCUGGACAGCCACCGGCAGCCCGACUCCUCCAUCCACAGCGCCGCCAGCCCCGACCCGGCGCUGGGCAGCGUGGCCUCCAUGAGCUCCGCCACGCCGGACUCCAGCGCCAGCCUGGAGAGAGGCUCCACCCCCGACUCCACCCUGAAGCACAGCCAGGGCGGCGAGCGCGGCCGCCGGAGAGGCGCCGACUCUGCCGAGGACACGGCCGGCGUCCUGGGCCCCCAGGCUGGAGGUGGGGGGGGCGGCUGGGCCAAGGUGACGUACUCCUGCCCCUACUGCUCCAAGAAGGACUUCCACAGCCUGGCCGUGCUGGAGAUCCACCUGAAGACCAUCCACGCAGACAAGCCCCAGCAGAGCCACACCUGCCAGCUGUGCCUGGAGACGCUGCCCACCCUCUACAACCUCAACGAGCACGUGCGGCGCGCGCACCGCGCCGGCGGCGGCACGGUGGCGGCGGCGUUCCCGCUGCUGCAGUUCACCAACGUCACGGCUUUCCACUGCAACUACUGCCCGGACAUGUUCGGGGACAUCAACUCCCUGCAGGAGCACAUCCGGGCGACCCACUGCCUGCCCGGCGCCAUCAUGGCCGGCUCCACCACUCUAGAGGGGAACCACGCCUUCUUCUGCAACCAGUGCUCCAUGGGCUUCCUGACAGAGUCCUCCCUGACGGAGCACAUCCAGCAGACGCACUGCACCUCGGCCACCGGGGGAGGGGCGGCCUCAGGGGGGGCCGUGGCCAAGCUGGAGUCUCCUGUGCUGCAGGCCGCCUCGCAGUCCUUCAUGGAGGUCUACUCCUGCCCCUACUGCACCAACUCCCCCAUCUUCGGCUCGCUCCUCAAGCUCACCAAGCACAUAAAGGAAAACCACAAGAACAUCCCCCUGGCCAACAACAAGCGGCAGGCCAAGGUGGCCGAGCUCAGCCCCGCCUCCUCCGACGUGGAGAUCUCCUCCCCCAAACGCCACCGACUGGGGGGGGACUCCACCCCGUCUAUGGGAAGCAACGGAGACUACCCCUGUAACCAGUGCGACCUGCGGUUCUCCAGCUUCGAGGGCUUCCAGGCGCACCUGAAGUCCCACCUGGAGAUGCUGCUGCGCCGGCAGUCCUGCCCGCAGUGCAACAAGGAGGACUUCGAGUCCCAGGAGGCUCUGCUCCAGCACCUGACGGUGCACUACACCACCACCUCCACGCAGUACGUGUGCGAGAGCUGCGACAAGCAGUUCUCCUCGGUGGACGACCUGCAGAAGCACCUGCUGGACAUGCACACCUUCGUCCUGUACCACUGCACCCUCUGCCAGGAGGUCUUCGACUCCAAGGUGUCCAUACAGGUGCAUCUGGCCGUGAAGCACAGCAACGAGAAGAAGCUGUUCCGCUGCACGGCCUGUGCCUGGGACUUCAGGAAGGAGGCAGACCUCCAGCUUCACGUCAAGCACAACCACCUGGGCCAGAGGCCCGGCCUCCCCGGAGGCCUGGCAGGCCUGAAGCCCCGGAAGUGCAUCUUCUGCGGGGAGACGUUCGGGACGGAGGUGGAGCUGCAGUGCCACAUCACCACGCACAGCAAGAAGUUCACCUGCCGCUUCUGCGGCAAAGCCUUCCACGCCGUCUCCCUGCUGGAGAGGCACCUGAGGGAGAAGCACUGCAUCUUCGACGGCGGCAGCAUCACCGGGAACGGCGGCGGCGGGACGGGCAGCAGCGGCAGCCAGAACGGGACGCCCAACGGGCUGGCGCAGAGCUCCAAGCGGGCGGCGGGCGGCGCCGUGGCGGCGGCGGCGGGCGGCGAGCGGGCGGAGCCGGCCGACCUGCAGAACAUCCUGCUGAAGGGCGGCGUGGUGGCGGGCGCCUCGGCUCAGGGCGGGGACGCGCUCAACAGCCACGAGGCCAGCGGCGGCGAGGAGGAGCCGGACAACUCGGAGCCCAUCGGGCUGCGUGAACACGCCCAGACGCACCGCGGCCCGGCCAAGCACUACAUGUGCCCCAUCUGUGGGGAGCGCUUCCCCUCCCUGCUCACACUCACCGAGCACAAGGUGACCCACAGCAAGAGCCUGGACACGGGGACCUGCCGCAUCUGUAAGAUGCCCCUGCAGAGCGAGGAGGAGUUCAUCGAGCACUGCCAAAUGCACCCCGACCUGCGCAACUCUCUGACCGGCUUCCGCUGCGUGGUCUGCAUGCAGACCGUCACCUCCACGCUGGAGCUGAAGAUCCACGGCACCUUCCACAUGCAGAAGCUGUCAAGCGGCUCGGCGCUGGGCGUCGGGGGGGCCGGCGGCGGCGGGGGGGGGCGGAGGCUCGGCCUCCUCUUCCCCCAACGGCCAGCUGCAGCAGCACAAGCUGUACAAGUGCGCCUUCUGCCUGAAGGAGUUCAAGAACAAAGGGGAGCUGGUGAAGCUGGACGUCAACGGGCUGCCAUACGGCCUCUGCGCCGGCUGCAUGAGCAGGUGGGCAGCUGGAGAGGGGGGCUGGGGGUGGUCUACUGGUCCUCUUUGGGUCUCUCUGGUCCUCUUUGGGCCUCUCUGGGUCUCUAUGAUACUCUCUAUGAUCCUCUCUGGGCCUCUCUGGUCCUCUCUGGUCCUCUUUGGUCCUCCGUGGUCCUCUCCAAAGAGGCCUGGCGCUGCCCAGCCCUGAUCUUGUCAAAGCUCCCGGCCGCCCGGUUCAGUGGAGAGAAGAGACAGACUGGACCAGAGUGGCUCCUCUGUCUGUUCAAAGAAGCUCUCCUGGCCUUAAACCUCCACCAGUGGAGCCUCUCUGUGUUCGGCCCCCAGCGGCUGAAACCUGGAGGCGCUCACACAGGCCGUUUGACCCGCAGGGGCACCAACGGCCAGAGUCCCAGCCAGGCGGGAGCCCUGGGGGAGGCCGAGCGGGCGGCGGCCGAGCGGGCGGCGGCCGAGAAGGCGGCGGCCGGGCUGCGCUGCCCCGAGUGCGGCGUGAAGUUCGAGAGCCUGGAGGACCUGGAGAGCCACAAAAAGACCUACCAGUGUAUUAAAUGCCAAAUGACCUUUGAGACAGAGAGGGAGAUCCAGAUCCACGUUGCCAACCACAUGAUCGGUGAGUGA